AGUGCGAGUCCCGGUUACCGGAGUGACUGGGAGCGGCGCUUCAUCGGCGGCCUUAAGGCUGGCGGCAGGGGUCACCUAUCGGCGCUCAAAUUCAUGUAGAGCUUACGGGUCUGUGAUCUUGUUCGUGUUUUUUUUGUGUGGAAAAGAAGCAUCACCUGGUUAGUUUCUGAGUGGUUCUGGAGGAUGAUGUGCGAGGUGAUGCCCACCAUCAGCGAGGAUACCCUCAAUCAGAGGGGCUCGCAGAACGGCUCGGAGGACGCGAAUUUCGAGCAGCUGAUGGUCAACAUGCUGGACGAGCGGGACAAGUUGAUGGAGACCCUGCGGGAAACGCAGGAAACUUUGUCCGUCACUCAGGAGAAGAUGCAAGAGGUGGCUCACGAAAGGGAUCUACUGCAGCGCCAGCUUAAUUCGGCUCUACCUCAGGAGUUUGCCGCACUAACAAAAGAACUGAAUGCCUGCAGAGAACAACUUUUGGAGAAAGAGGAAGAGAUCUCUGAACUGAAAGCAGAGAGGAACAACACCAGACUCUUACUUGAACAUCUGGAGUGCCUUGUGUCGAGACAUGAGCGGUCACUGCGAAUGACAGUGGUCAAGCGACAAUCACAGUCUCCAUCAGGUGUCUCCAGUGAAGUUGAAGUUUUGAAGGCAUUGAAAUCAUUAUUUGAACAUCAUAAGGCUUUGGAUGAAAAGGUUCGUGAGCGACUCCGAGUUGCUCUGGAGAGGGUAUCAACGCUGGAAGAGCAAUUGUCUUCAGCCAACCAGGAGAUGACUGUACUGAGACAACAGACUGCACACACACACAGGAAAACAGCUGCCGGUGAGGGUCCAGAAGAUUUGCACAUCUCAGAGAGCACAGAAGCUGCUCUGAAGACAACGUGGAAGAGGCUUUCAAAUGGUUCCAUUGAUCCCAAUGAUGAGGUUAGUCAGGUUGUGGAGAUGCAGGAUUUGCUCGAGAAACAGAACUUUGAAAUGUCACAGAUGAAAGACCGCCUGUCCUCAUUAUCAGCACGUGUGGCAGAGCUAGAGGAAGAACUGGAUACAGCCAGGAAGGAUCUGAUCAGAUCUGAGGAGAUGAACAAUAAGUACCAGAGAGACAUCAGGGAGGCAAUGGCACAGAAGGAAGACAUGGAGGAGAGGAUUACAACACUUGAAAAACGUUAUCUAGCUGCACAAAGAGAGUCCACUUCAGUUCAUGAUCUUAACGACAAACUUGAAAGCGAACUUGCUAAUAAAGAAUCUUUGCAUCGCCAGAGUGAAGAGAAGAAUCGACAUUUCCAGGAACUGCUGGAGCUGGCUGAGCAAAAGCUACAACAGACCAUGAGGAAGGCCGAGACCUUGCCUGAGGUGGAGGCUGAGCUUGCUCAGCGGGUGGCAGCAUUGACAAAGGCAGAAGAAAGGCAUGGGAACAUAGAAGAACGUUUAAGACAACUGGAGAGCCAGCUAGAAGAAAAAAAUCAAGAACUUGGACGGGCUCGACAACGAGAAAAGAUGAAUGAGGAGCAUAACAAACGGUUGUCAGACACUGUGGAUCGACUGUUGUCAGAGUCAAAUGAAAGACUUCAGCUUCACCUGAAGGAACGAAUGGCUGCUCUUGAAGAGAAGAACACAUUGAUACAAGAAGUGGAAAAUACAAGAAAACAACUAGAAGAAUAUCAUCAGGACAAGGAGAGGCUGGCGAAUGAAAUAGGGAAGUUACGGGCUGAAGUGGAGCAGCUGAAAUUAAAGACAGGAGCUUUUGCAGAAAGUGUUCAUCCACGAACUCAUUUGGGCAGUGCAACAGAUUUACGAUACACACUUAGUUCUGUCGUGGAGACGCAGCCUGAACACUAUGGGACCCCAGCAGUGCUAAGGCGACCUCAGAAAGGGCGUUUCACCCCUCUGCGGGAUGAACCCACUAAGAUUCAGACUUUAAGUGAACAGGACUGGGAGUGCACUCAGCAAGCAAAUGUUCUGACCAGUACCACACAUGCUUUUGAAAGUGAUACAGAAAUGUCCGACAUUGACGAUGAGGACGGCGAGACGAUGUUCGGUUCAGCAGAUCUGCUUUCACCCAGUGGGCACUCGGAUGCUCAGACUCUGGCUAUGAUGUUACAAGAACAACUUGAUGCUAUCAAUAAAGAAAUCAGGAUGAUCCAAGAGGAGAAGGAGUCCACUGAGCAACGAGCUGAGGAAAUUGAGUGCCGUGUGGGGAGUGGAAGCAUGGAUGGGCUCAAUUUACCUCGCAUUCGAACGGGCACCUCCAUUCCAACAUCUCUCACUGCCCUGUCCCUCACCAGUUCUUCUCCACCUGUGAGUGGACGCUCCACACCCAAGCUAACUCCUCGCAGUUCAUCCCAUGACCUGGACCGGAUGGGCAUCAUGACACUGCCUAGUGACUUAAGGAAACACCGUCGGAAGUCUCCAGUGUCAAGGGAGGACAACCGUGAAGAUAAAACAACAAUCAGAUGUGAAACAUCACCUCCUUCGUCUCCACGGACUGUAAGGCUGGAAAAACUUGCCCACUCACUGCAGUCAACAAGUCAAGAAGAGGGAAGAAGCACAUUGACUGCAGAGGAGCUGGCUAGCAACCCCAGUAGCAACAACAGCAGCCAGGACUCGUUGCAUAAGGGUUCAAAGAAGAAAGGCAUUAAAUCCUCUAUAGGCCGUCUGUUUGGCAAAAAGGAGAAGGCACGGCUGGGCCAACUCAGCAAGGAAAUGGCAUCAGUUCAUGGAUAUGGAUAUUUUGGUGGCAUUCUGGAUGCAGAAAUGGCUAUUCAGGACUCCCUUACUCUGGGCAAACUUGGAACACAAGCAGAGAGAGAUCGAAGGUUAAAGAAAAAGCAUGAAUUGCUGGAGGACGCUCGGCGGAAAGGAAUGCCAUUUGCCCAGUGGGAUGGACCAACAGUUGUGUCAUGGCUAGAGCUGUGGGUAGGAAUGCCAGCCUGGUAUGUGGCAGCCUGCCGAGCCAACGUGAAGAGCGGCGCUAUCAUGUCGGCUUUGUCCGACACAGAAAUCCAGAGGGAGAUUGGAAUCAGCAAUCCACUUCACCGACUGAAGCUCCGUCUGGCAAUACAGGAGAUGGUGUCAUUAACAAGUCCAUCAGCGCCACCAACGUCAAGAACGUCUUCUGGAAAUGUCUGGGUGACUCAUGAGGAAAUGGAAAACCUGGCGGCUUCAGCAAAAACGGAGAAUGAGGAGGGCAGUUGGGCUCAGACUCUGGCUUAUGGAGAUAUGAACCACGAGUGGAUUGGUAAUGAAUGGCUUCCCAGUCUUGGAUUGCCUCAGUAUCGUAGCUAUUUCAUGGAGUGCUUAGUGGAUGCACGAAUGCUUGACCAUUUAACCAAGAAAGACCUGCGAAUGCAUCUGAAGAUGGUUGAUAGCUUUCAUCGCACGUGUUUACAUUACGGUAUAAUGUGUCUAAAGAGAUUAAACUACGACAGAAAGGAGCUAGAACGGAGGAGAGAAGAAAGCCAACAUGAAAUUAAAGAUGUGUUGGUGUGGACUAAUGACCAAGUCAUUCACUGGGUGCAAUCUGUUGGACUGCGUGAGUAUGCAAACAACAUUCUUGAAAGUGGAGUACAUGGAGCCUUGAUAGCCCUAGAUGAAAAUUUUGAUUACAACAGUUUGGCAUUACUGUUACAGAUUCCCACACAAAAUACUCAGGCAAGGCAGGUCUUGGAGCGUGAAUUCAACAACCUGUUGGCCUUAGGAACUGAGCGCAAGUUGGAUGAUGGUGACGACAAAAGUUUCAGGCGUGCACCAUCGUGGCGAAAACGCUUUCGCCCACGGGAGGUUCAUGGUAUAACCAUGAUGCCGGGGUCUACAGAAACACUGCCUGCUGGGUUCAGAGUUACAGCAAUGUCCUCCCCAGCCCCAUCUGUGCAGCCGAAGAAAAUUCAACCAGAAGUUGGUACAUCAGGGACACAGAGGUUAGACACAUCAACAGUACGCACAUACUCCUGCUGACAUCUAGAUCAGUCAGCAAGCCAGCGGUGAUUACCGGUGAUGCAUUCCCACUACUUGUAUGGACACAUGCUUGCUGCCUUUCGGGAAUAAUCCACUACAUCUCUGUGAGAUCAACAAUGGAGGUCAAAUGCUGUUGCACAAAACUUAGAAAGGCAUAGAUGGUUUGAAUGUAUGUUGAAUAUAAAUGGGCAAUAGUUUACUUACAUUCAAAAAAUGCUUACACUAUGAUUUUAUUUAUCUGGUAAUGACUUUCUUUAGAUUAUCUUUUACAAUGCUGGUAGAGAAUUUUAGAUUUUCAUUUUGGAGGUGUUUCACUGUAAUAUUAUAUUCUAAGUACAGUAUGUAGUAAAUUCGGUCAACUUUAAACCUCAAGUACAGUUGUAGUUUCAUUGGUUGUAGUAAUUUUUUUUCCAAGUGUAUCAUAUCUGCUGUAUGUAAACGUAUGGCCAUGAAGUAAUGCAAGUUUUUUAUGUAAAUGUAUAUAAUUAUGGCUGACUGUAACAGCACUUUUUAGAUAAUUUAAUGGAAUUUGGAGAGUACAGAUUCAACCUAAAUGCUGUCUUAAUUAAUGAUGUUGCUGCCGUUUUUAUCUUGCCUAUAUAUAUCAACGAAAUCUUGUUCCAUUUGUUCAUUUUCAGCAAAUCAUGUGUGCAAAUAUAUGUCUACCAUGCCAAUUUUAGCACAUGCAAUGAUGACUGGAUAGUUUUCUUCCUUAUUUCUCAUUUAUUGUGGAAAUGGCAACUGUUAAAUUGAGUGCUCAAGUUCUGAUUUUCUAAUUGGCGGCAAUUUAAGGCCGCCAAAGUCUCUUGUUCCAUUGAAAGUUUAAAAAAAUAUUUUUGACUCAUUUUUUUAAAAAUAGCCUUGUAGGCAGCUAUACAAGGUCUGUUUUUUUUUUUGUUUUUUGGACUCCUGAGUCUUUCACUUCAGUUGCUAUAUGUAUUUCAGUUUACUUCCUUAAACUGCAGAUCUGAAUAGUUUUCUUUUUUCCUUAUUUCCCCUCAUUCACUAUUGAAUGUACAGAAGUGGUUGCAAAGGAUCCUUUUGAAAGUGUCACUCGUGAGGCAGCAAAGCAGCACAGCAUUCGAACACCUCCAGUGCUGAUCAUUCUGAUUUCAGAAACAAUAAUAGGCUCUGAUCUUAAUUCAACAAUCCACAAUAUUUUGAAAUUGGUGGUUUCUACUCCAAAGCCUCCAAAUAUCGAGAAAGUUUAGAAUCACAAGAAAAUUAUUCGCAUUUUAUCAAAAGAUGCCCUGUAUUGUCUAAACUAAGUAUUUCUUGUUGUGAUUCCCACUUUUAAUAUGUACUUCUAAAAUCAGACUCAAAACGUUUUUGUCUUUUUUCCCUAUUUUAGCUAGAUAUUGUACAUGAUCUAAUAAUUGACAAAAUGUGACAGAUGAGUGCUGUUAAACUGAUUACACCCAGACUACCUGGGACACAGGGAAGUUAUUUCCCAAAGUAGGAAAAGAAAGUAACAUUUUACCUUACCAUUCAGGAGGAAUUUAAGCAUGCUCCUUUAUAGUGGCAAAGCACUGGCACUUUCUGUUCCACGAGUGUUUGUGAGUAUCCCUUGAAUUGUUGACCAUUAAAAACUUUUAUGAAGAUCAACAAAAUGUUAAUCCUAUUUUAUAAAAUUCAUUUUAAUAAAUUGAUAAAUAUAUAUAUAUAUAUUAUACAUGGUCCUUCAAAGCUGUUGAAGUCUGCAUCUUUUUAAUUCAACACUUUGUGAAAGCAGUCAAAAAUUUUUCUCAGACAUAAGUGUUUUACAAGUCAAAUAACUAAAUGCACUCACUUUAAGCUUCUAAUUCCCAAGUGCCGUGAAAAUAAAGUAACGACUUCUUCCUAUUGUAAUGAGUUCUGCAUUAGGUGACAUUCAGGGGAUGUGUAGAUUACAGAACGAACUAACACUAAGCUCUGGUUAUAGUUUUCUGCGUGUGAGGGUCAACAUUACAUAUUGAAAUAAAAAAAAGAAUAGGAAGUCAUAAAUAGUUAUCUUAGUAACAGCUGUGAUAUUGUAACCCAAGGAUUUAUUGAGUUUAUCUAAUGAAUUUUGAACAAUGUCAUAAGAAUCUUCUAAAUCUAACUCUUGCCUGUAGUAAAUUUGAAAAUGGUCUCCAGGUCCAUUCUCAGUUCGUGGGGAAACCAUAAUAAAUAAAAUGCUUAAAAAUAAACUUAUUCUGAUUAUGGAAAGGCAUUAAAUAUCUUUUUCCCUCCAUACUUUGUACUCAAAAUAAUGUAAUAGCUAGAUUUGAAUGUUUUUGUUAAAAUGGUUGGAUAUCAUGUUAUUUUAUUUUAAUUGAACAUGGUGUUUGUUUUUUUAAACAUUUUCUCUCUGAAUAUAUUGGCAAUCUUUAAGAAGUAUCUGUGCUAAAGUUAAUGAAAUUUAUUUUCAACAUAGUGCACUGAGUUUACAUAACACUUGCUUUACUAACGGGCACGCUAAUUGUAAGAGAUAUUCUUGUGGAAAUUCACUGGGCUGUUUUUGUUUGAAGUAUAACAUUGCAGCAUUUUUGUUCAAAUAUAAUCUUUUCAGGUAGGUGGAUUAUGAAUAAACAGCUCAGGAAGCAUGUUGAUCAAAGUUUUCAAAGUAAUUAUCCAGAAAAACUGGAAUCGAUCUAUUGUGUCUCACCAAAGUCCAAUUUUGUUUCAUUUGAAAACAUUGUUUACAACCUCACCUACUCACACACAUAUACAUAAUUACAGUUUAAAAUCUCAUUGAUAACACAAUGCAUUGGUUAAUGUGAACUUGCUCCAUAACCCUGUCCAUAAAUCAUGACCAUUUUUAAUCAAGUAAAUAUGAAAAACUGAAGCGCCUCUCUCUCGUGUGUAAUAGAACCUCCGUUCUAUCCAAUGUUUAUGAGCUUUCUAUUUCUCUUUCCUUCAUCAGUCUUCCCAGAUCAUCCCUGCUCCUUUUCCUUCUGCUGACCAGCCUUUGGUUUUACACUUUAUUUAUGCCAAAUUUGCCUUGUCAUAUGGUAAUUGUCUCUUUUACCAAAUGUACUAAUUCAAAGAUAAAGAAAUUCCUGCACAUGAAUUGAUAAGUAAAUGCUAUUAUCAUCUGCCUGUACAGAAGUCUGUUACUUAAUGCCUGUUAUUUUGACAAUGAACAUAUCUUCUGAGUGUGCUGUGGUGACAGAUCUUAGCGGAUACAUAUCUACAUGCUCUUUUUUAAAAUUGAACAUGAACAUUGGUCAGGUUGGGAUGAGGAGAGAUGUGAAGGAGUACUUAAAAAUAAAUACACUAUAAACGGUUGAACAUGGAAUUUGAACUCUAGAAGGAAAAUGUGGUCAUUUACUUUGAAUCAGGUGCAUGUGUAUUUAAAUUGUAAGUUUUAAACUUCUGUAUCUAUGAGAUUCAUUAUUGAAUGCAUGUACACCAUCUACUUCAUUAAACUGUGAAAUAGUAAGAUGAGCUCAAUAUAAAUUAAGAGGGUCUGUUUUGAGAUUAUUUGCUUUCUAUUAACGUCAACAAAGAAACUUCCUGAAAAGAAGCAUUUCCACUGGUUGACAUAAACCAAUUGUGCAAAUCUGGGUGCUUGUUAAGUAGUUUCCCUUUUUUCUCAGUCACAAAAAUAUUCAUCAAAUACAUAGGCCUUUAAAAAGGCUGGGUUGUGAGCUUCAAAUACCAAUACACUUUAAAAUAUUGUUUAGCAUGUUAAGGUGAUUUUUGGAUUAAACUUGGAGAAUUACCAAGAAUACUUGGAGAUUUGCUUUGCACUGUUCAUAAAAUGAUGGUGUUCAUCACACAUGGAUGGUUCACAAUGUCAUACUGUAAUAGAUAAGCUACUUCUGAGGAGACUAAAUAAAUUAUGUUAAAGCUAUUUAUCACAAGUGCCCACAUUUUACUCAAGGUGUAUUAAUAUCUGAGUUGCAUGCUAUUCUAUGCUACUCAGUAUGAUGUAGCUCAGGACUCAUUAUCUUCAAUUAACUGAUUUUAUCAGCCAAAACUUAAAAUUGACUGUUGGGGGAAUUCCACCCCUAUAAGGACACAUAUUGUCACUGGGUUGGCCAAAAAAACAAGCAUUAUUUUUUUCCUUCGUUUUUAUACCCAAUGUUUUAAGUGUUUUGUGGGUGCAUGAUUCCGUAGUCACUUACCUUGAUGAUAUAUUUUCAGCCCUUCGCGGCCAUGCAUCAUUUCUUUGUCUGUGUUUCUCACCUGUUUAAAGUGGAUAAAGGAAGGGAUAUACCUUGCAAGUUAGAUUAAGUAACAACUUAUUUAACACAUGCAGAUAAGUAAUUUUUAGUUUUUGCAGCAUGUAUAGCAAUAGGCAAAACAAUAAAAUUGAUGCUUAUCAAUAUUGUUUAAACCUUUACCUCAGUGGAAGGAACAAUGUGUGCUAUGUUAGGUUUUACAGAAACAGGAAUGUGUUGAUCUAAACACUCCAUUAAAAAAAACAGCUUUGCCUUUGUUUACACGUAUAGCCACAAACAUUAUGUUGGGGAAAUGAAGCUAGAGAAGAUGUUGGUUUGAUUAAUAUUUAAACACAUCAUUAACAGGUGUAAUGAGUUCUUAGAUAAGCAUUUGUAAAUUCAACUCAUGGUUUAUCUCCUCAUGGUGAAGUAAACUAAAUUAUGGUCCUUGCAAACUAUUCAUUUCCAUAUCUAGCGAACGGUUAUUCAGUCAUCAGUAGACAGUUCCCAUUCCAAAUACAAAUACCAUUAUCGUCUAUAUGUGACCAAUUAAAAUGCAAUAACCAACUUGUCUCAGUGUGCAGCUGUGAUCUCUGAGCUGUCUAAUGCUGAUAGCCAUGAAGAGUCAAUUCACACAAACUAACAUUAUGCUCUUAGAAGGAAGGCUUAACAGUUGGGUUGCAUUCAGAUCCAAAGAGGGUGAUGAGCUGGGCUUGGUGUUGAUUUAACCUUAAGAAUGUAUGCAUGCAGUAAACAACAAUUAUUUGUAGAGAGUAUUGUUGCAGGACAGAGUAACCCUGAGAAUUCAUUAUUAUGCAUAUUGUUUGAGUUGCAGACAAAGUAUUCACUGAUAAAUUAAAAACACAAUCCUACAAUUUUAUGAAUUGGAAUUGGAAUUGGAUAAUACCUGUCACAUGCACCAAGACAGAGUGAAGAGCUUGUCUUGCGUACUGUUCCUACAGAUUACAUAGUACAUUGAAGUAGAACAAAGUUUAAAAAAACGAUGCAGAACAAACUGUUCAAGCUACGAAAGAAGUGCAGUGCAGGUAAGCAAUAAGGUGAAAGAUCGUAAUGAAGAAAAUUAUGAGGGAACCAUUUUAUCAUAGUAGGGAACCAUUUAAUAAUCUUAUAACAGCAGGGUAGAAGCCGUCCUUAAGGCGGGUGGUAUGUGAUGUUGAUGACCUCCAAGAAAUGGUGGUAGGCUAGUAAUGCAGUCCAAAAGAAAUGUGGAACUGAUGACAUUAAUUAGUAUUUUAAAGUAAUAUUGCUGAUAAUUGCAAAUAUUAUAUAAUCUGCAGUACAGUGCUGUUUGUUUUGGAAUAUGUAAAAUCCUGAACUUAAUGUACAGUCUUAAAAAUUUUGUUUCCAGAAGCAAAAUGCCAUCGAUUUUAUUUCAUGCAAUAAUUUGACAGUUUUGCAUCACUACAUAACUUAUUGCAAUCCAUAUAUUUAAGACAAAACAUCUACUGUUAUAAGGCUUUAUUUUGUGGUCCACAUUUAAUGGGAAGUAGUUAAUGUUUUGAUGGCACAUAGCUCUAUAAACUUUGGGCUAUGUGUCACAAACGGUUCCUGCAUCAUUUUAUAAAGUCAAAAUGUUUUUCUUUUUGGAAUUUAGGGGAUGAAAUACCGAACUAAUUUUGGACAUGUUGAAAGAUUUUCAGUGAUGGACUAGAUGAUUAGAUCUGGAAUGUUGCACACUUGGAAUGACAUGUUCAUCUGUGCCUGACAGCAGUCUUCCUUUCUGUUGCUUAUAAUUAAGUGUAAUUGUUUGCUGGUUUCAGUAACCAACCAAGGACAUAACCUUGUGGUCUUUGCACUUAAAAUGCUCUUGUUUUGUACAGUAUCUUCAGACCUUUUUUGUCACAGUAUUAUUUGUUGCCUGCUUUCAGUUGACAUUAGAAUUGAAAUAAUUAUUUUCCA